CCAAACGUCCCAAGGAAAGGAUUUCCCGAAGGAAGGGCGAUAAAUGUAGUAAAGUGUAUAUAUUUGCACCUGGCCAAUUGUGCAACUAUAAAUAUAUGAGAAAUGUCAUUUUUACUAAAAAGAUACUUUGUGCAUCAUUAUGUCGUUACUUGAGAAGAGAGAAUCGUCUGCAAAACUUGAUGAUACUAUCCCCUUGUAUUGUUAUAUUGAAGGUCAUGAAAAAAAGGAAACUUUUGUGGAAUAUCGUAUUAGGGUGCAGCGAGGACCAAAUCCAGAAAAUCAAUGGAUGGUCUUACAUCGCUAUAAUGAUUUUGAUGUUAUGAAUAAAGUUCUAGAGACAUCUGGUGCAACCUUACCAUUGCCUCCAAAGAAGAUGUUCGGAAACAUGGAUAAUGCUUUCAUAGCGGAGAGACUUACAGGACUACAACAAUAUCUUCAGAGAGUCAUGGAAGAGCCUAUGUUUGUCAGACAUGAAUGCUUUAAACAAUUUAUGGACCCAAAAAACUAUCCACUCAAAAUGCAAGAUGAAGCGGCAGAGCAGGUUGCAAUGUUUUAUAGAUCAGAACCUUCAUGGGAGCUUGUUGAAACUCUUCCAGAUAUCGGAUGGAGAAUAAGGAAACAUUAUUUUUUGACAAAAUAUACAGCAGCCACUCAGAAAAAUGACCGUCAAAUCUUAGCUUGGGUUGAGUAUGGUCCAGACAUGAUUUUAUCCAAAGAAAAGGAUCUACCUGCAGCAAUGAAGUUGCUUACUAAUAUAAUGCAUCCAUAUAUAUAUCCAGUACGCAUUGCUACUGUGCAUGAGAAAGGUGCGGCAAUUGUGCGUGAUUUUAGACAGUCUGGAACACUUAAGGAUUUUAUAUGCAAGGCAAGACCAAAAACGAGUCAUCUAAAAAAAUACUGCUAUCCCAAGAUGACUGUUUCCAUGCAACUUGAGGAUAUUAGACGUUGUGGAAGACAGAUUUUAGAAGCACUGAAAAUUUUACAAGAUAAAGGGUUUCCAUAUGGUCAACUGCACACUGGCAAUAUAAUAAUGGAUGGCAACGUUGUCAGGUUAUUGGACAUUGAGAACAGUAUACUCGGAGUGCCUUCGAUAUAUCGUCAUUAUUUGCUUGAACUGAAACAAAUCAAGGAUUUACAUCAACAAGAUGUAUAUUCAUUUGGACAUGUUCUGUACGAGAUGACGUUUGGCAAAGAGCUCCGCGCUGGAGCAACUGACGAAAUUCCUGCAAAUUGUCCCCCAUUGAUUGAACCUAUACUUUCUUCAAUUUUAACAAGUGAAGCACUUAAACAAGGCAAUCUACCUACAAUAAAAGAACUUUUACAGUUACCAUUUUUUGCCGAAGUACAGUUGGGUCCUGAGGAGAAGAUGUCUUUAAAGAUCCCAUCGAAACUUAAAGAAGCUUUAAAACAAGUCAAAGAGGAAAUCGAAAAGCGGUUAAAAGAAGAUCGGAAAGUGUUGAGUCAGUUCAGAAGAUAUUCAAAAGCACAAGCCAAGGCAACUUCGAAAGAGGAAAAAGAUAAGAGACGACAACAACGAAAGCAAAUGAAAAAACAAGAAUCACUGGCGGAAAAUUCUACUUCAGAUCGUACUAAAACAUCAAUAAGAAAGGCUCAGUCGGUUGAUUCUAGCAGAACCUCAAACUUCCCCUCUGUACCACCACCACCUCCUUUAGUCCCUUCACCUCCUCCAGCCGCGAGUACUAAUGGUCCUACGGGUGCCCCGACGAAGAACAAAGGCAGGGGAGCUCUCCUUAGCUCGAUCACGUCGUUUAGGAAAAACAAUUUGAAGACGACAAAAACGAACGAUAGAAGUGCCCCAAAAGUAUAGAAUGCAAAUCCGAUCGCUUCUGAAGUGAAGGAAUUUUUUAAAUGUAGCUAAUAUAGUCUAUUAACUUGACAUUUAUCAUGAAUCCGAACCAUUUUAUGUUCUGAGAACAAUGCUAUAAUCGUAAACUAUGCAUAUAAAUAAUCAAUAAGCUUUGUAUUCUGAGUUAA